AUGCAUGUCAAAACAAGAUUAUGGUUGAUGGAUGGUGUACAACACAUCAAGUUGAUGUAGAAAACAUAAGUGCGAUCAAUCCCCCUUUGCUCACCUUGUAGCAACGAUGGCCGAGCAAGUCCGAGCGUCUCACCUGCUGAUCAAGCACAGCGGCUCGCGUCGCCCCGCGUCGCGUCUGAGCGACAACAUCACGCGCUCCAAGGAAGAAGCCAUCGCCAAGCUGCUCGAACUGCGCGCUCAGAUCGUGUCGGGUCAGGCCAAGUUCGAGGACCUGGCGAUGCAGUACAGCGACUGCAACAGCGGCACGCGCGGCGGCGACCUCGGCCCGUUCGGCCGCGGAAUGAUGCAGAAGCCCUUCGAAGAUGCCACGUUUGCGCUCAAAGUGGGCGAGCUAAGCGACGUCGUGGACACGGACAGCGGAGUGCACAUCAUCCUCCGUACAGCGUAACUCAACCGAACAACUCGUGUCAACUACUUUUCGAGUCUGUUGUUGUCUGCAAGAGCUGGACUGUUGCUACCCAACACAAACUGAAUCAAACACGGAGCGCUGUGAGGAAUAUAAAUGCAUUACGCAGAACUUCCAUCUAAUGUGCCUUGUUUGCUGGUCC